CAAGUAAAUUGAGUAUAAAAGAGAUCCAACGUUGGCUUCAGAGUAUCUAGCAUUUACAACCCCAAUUCAUGUUCAAAUCCACAACUCUUCUUUUGAACAGAACCUUUCGAACCUUUAAUUAAACUAGCAUCUUAACCACAAUGUCCAAGAAGCUCCUCGCCGUUUUUGGUGCAACCGGUAACCAGGGUGGCUCGGUCGCAAACUUUGUUCUCAAUGACCCUCAACUGUCAGAGGAGUAUGCUGUUCGAGCCAUCACCCGCGAUGCUUCAAACCCCAGAGCAGAGGCCCUCAAGUCCAAGGGGGUCGAGAUUGUCGAAGCUGACUUGAGCAAUCCCUCUUCCCUAAAAUCUGCUCUCAAAGACGCACACACAGUCUACGCCCUCACGAAUACCCAAUACAGCGGCAACACUAAAGAAAUUGAGACCACCCAAGCUAAAGCACUCUGCGAUGAAGCGCUAAACCAAGGCGUGAAAUACCUGAUCUGGAGCUCGAUGUCACAUCCUAGGAAGAUAUCCGGGGGAAAUCUAAGUCACAUCGACCACUUCGACGUCAAAGCCGAAAUCGAACAGCACAUCCGCAGUUUGCCUAUCAAGUCCGCGUUCUUUGCUCCAGGAAGCUUCAUGCAGAACUUUUCCCACACCAUGAAACCCCGCCCAAGUCCCGCUGGCGAUGGCACCUACGUCAUUGCAAACCUAUGCAACCCCUCCACCAAACUCCCCCUCAUUGACAUCACGGACACUGGAAAAUGGAUCGGAGCGAUCCUUGCGGAACCCGACAAAUACGAAGGCAAGUUCUUGGCUGCAGCGCAGAGCAUGUACUCCAUGACGGAAAUUGCAGACAUCGUUUCCAAAGUCAGCGGAAAGACGGUGAAACAUACACAGCUGCCGGAUGAGGUUUUCAAGGGGUUUUUGCCGGAGGGAUUUCGACAGGAGCUCUUUGAGAUGUUUUUAUUGUUUAGGGAUUAUGGGUACUAUGGAGAGGAGAUGGAGGGCCUUGUAGAUUGGGCGGCGAAGCAGGCGAAGGGCCACUUGAAUACACUGAAGGAGUAUUUAGAGAAGGAGCCAAUUGCUUUUGAUUAGGUGGGGAAUGGUGGGUAUGACUUGAAGCUUGUAUCGCCGAGUAAUGUGGUAUUGACCGCCAUUUAUAUACUCGAUAUUUUCACUGAAAUGAUAUUCUCCUUUUUGUAACUAUAUCUUAUCUAGUCUGGCCAAUAACCAUCUUCCG